ACUCGUCCCACUCCACUUUCGUAAAAUUCCCCAAUAUAUUCAUUCCAAUUUCCAAUUGACACAGACUUCAAACUUCCUCUUACAUCGAAAUGAAAAACACUAAUUUCUCCGUUGAUUGCUCUCCGUUGAUUGCUGCUGUUUGAGGUUUUGCGUAGAAACUAUGUAUAGUUUUAGUAGUAUUUUCUUGGCUUCUCUUUCUAGUGUGAUGCUCAAGAUUCUUGGCCUCAUUCACAGACACGUUUACAUGUCAAAAUCAAGUCUUGCUGAAGAAGAGAAGGGUUCCAUGGAUGAGAACUCUGUUUCAUUUGGGAGCUGUUUGGUUGCUAAAAAUAGUAAAUGCCAAAUUUUGUCGGCUAAUAAUGUGAGUGGAUUCUUGGAAGAGCCUAAGGCAGUGGGAUUUGUGGUCCAAGAAUUGUUUGUCGGACCAGAUAACUUUAUUGUGGGGAGUGAUCAGAUCAUUGCCUCUGAAAUCAUGGGAUUAGAUGAAAAGAUGGAGAAAUUUGGUCAAGGAUCAGAAAAAACAGAGGAAUAUGAUCAAGAAUCAGAGAAAACAGAGGAUUUUGAACAAGAAUCAAACUUCUCCUCGCCCUUUUAUUUCAAAUUGUUGAAUCCUUCUUUCUCUGUUAAUCAAGAGAGUUCAUCAGAAAUGAAAAAGAUUAUUUCUUUAGAAGGUGUUUGUGGCGAAAAAGACAAAGAAGAGGAGGAUGAUUUUCGAGCUGAAGGGAAGAUGGUGGAUGAAGAAUUUUGUUAUGAAAUCGAAUUGAUUCCCAGCAGCCAUUCUUCAAGCCUGGAUCAAGAAUCGGAUGCUCAUCAGAAAAUGGAAAAAAAUGAUUCCUUGAACUGGAUGAGUAGUUUUCUUGAUGAGGCUGAUGAAUCAAAAUCAUCUCUAUUAGACGAUGAUCAUGAAAAUAAGGCCACUUUUGAUGAUGAUGAUGAGUUCAUAGAGAUGGACCCUCAAUCUGUGAAGCUUAGUGAUGAUUUGGAUUUGGACUUGGAGAGAGAGAGUGAUUCAUCUCCAUCUCCAUCUCCAUCUCCAUCAUGUGUUGAUGCAAAUAAUAGUUCACAACAGAAGUGUUGGGAUUCAGAUGAUGAACAUGAAAAUGAUGGAGUAGAUGUUUUGUCCCAACACCAGAAUUUGGUGCAGCAGAUGAAGAUGGAGCUCAAGAGCUGCAGAAUCAGAGGCCUUCCAACAAUAUCCGAGGACUCCGAAACUCCUAAGAUGAUUGAAGAUUUGAGACCUCUUGAAAUUGAUCACAAGAUUGGGUACAAGGAUGUGAUGGAUGGAAUUCAGAGAUUCUACAAGAGCUAUACAGAAAAAAUGAGAAAACUGGACAUCUUGAAUUACCAGACAUCACAAGCUAUUAGUUUCUUACAGCUGAAGGAAACUGAGGCAUUCACAGCAUGCAAGAAAAGGGCUAACUCUGUUUUGCCAAGAUUCUUGGCUGGGAAGGUGAGGAGGGUCUAUGCUGAUCCAAUGCACAAAACUAUAAGCGAGUUGCACAGCGAUUUGGAGGUGGUGUAUGUCGGCCAGAUGUGUCUGUCGUGGGAGAUUCUGUGGUGGCUCGAUGCAAAAGCCCGUGAGCUGCUCGAUCAUGAUGGUGAAGGGAGGCAUUCCUACAACCGCACUGCUGAGGAGCUCCAGCAGUUUCAAGUCCUCAUGCAGCGGUUCAUGGAGGAUGAGCAGUUUGAGGGGCAUAGGAUCGACAACUAUGUCAGGAGCCGGUGCAUGAUCCGGAGCCUCCUCCAAGUCCCAACCAUCAAGGAUGAUUGUGCGAAGACGAAGGAGAGAGAGGAGAGGGAUGACGCGAUCACACUAGAAACAUUGGUGGGGACCAUAAGUGAGACAAUGGUGAUCUUUCAAGAAUUCGUCUUUGGUGACAAGAAGGUGACAAAUUGUGGUGGCCUAAUUGCCAAGGUUGAUGAUGCCCUACAACAUGGGCCUCUAUUGGAAGUUGUCUCGAGCCUCGACAAGAAGGGGAGGAGGAUGAAGGAGCAAAUGAGGGGUGAAAAGUGCAUCGUGAGGAAGUUGAGGAAGCAUCAAGAGAGAGGGUUGGAUAGAGAGAUGAUGGCAAUUGAGGUGGAUUUGAGAUUGGUUUCGAGGGUUUUGAAUAUGUCAAGAUUGAGCGAAGAUCACUUGCUUUGGUGUCGGAAGAAAUUGAAUAACAUUAAUUUUGUGGGGAAGAAGCUUCGGAGGGAUGCAUGUUUUUUGCUUUUCCCUUGUUAGAUUUUUCUUGUCUUUUAUUAUGGUAGCUUCCGACUUGUAUAUCAAGGCCAUGAGAAGUACUUAGGUUAGUAGUGUAUAAUCGUAUACACAAAUAUAUUAGUACAUAAUACUACUCCGUAGUAUUUAAAAAUUUGUAUGAUAUUCGAGGUUGAAUUUAA